AUGGCCGCCGAGCAGGAAGACCAGCAGCAGCGUGAGGAGCAUCUCGGGGUCGAGCUGGACGAGGAUCAGUUCUGCUGCUCGGUGUGUCUGGAGCUUCUGAAGGAGCCGGUGACCAUUUAUUGCGGGCACAGCUACUGCAGAGGCUGUAUCGAGGGUUGCUGGGAUCAGGAGCAGGAGAAGGGGGAGUUCAGCUGCCCUCAGUGCAGAGAGACCUUCAUCCCCAGACCGGUUCUGAGGAGGAACAACAUGCUGGCUGAGGUGGUGAAGACGCUGAAGAAGACAAGCACCAAAGCCGACCGUCCUCCUCAGGCCUGCGGCGGCCCAGCAGACGUUUUCUGUGACUUCUGCAGCGGAACCAGCCGAACCAGAGCCGCCAUGUCCUGCCUGACGUGCUUGGCGUCUUACUGUGCAGCCCACCUGCAGCCUCACUACAGCGUGCCCGUGUUGAAGAAGCACCAGCUGGUCUCGGCUACAGUCCCGCUGCAGGACAAGAUGUGCGCCGAACACAACAAGCUGAUGGAGUUCUGCUGUGAGACGGACAAGCAGCUCGUUUGCUCCAUGUGCACGCUGACGAAGCACAAGUGGCACAAAUUUGUCUCCGUUUCAGCACUAAAGGAUAAAACCAAGAACCAUCUGGAUUCGAGUCAAAAGAAAGUCCAGAAGGAAGUCCAGCAGAGGGAGGAGGAGCUGCAGGAGCUGAGCCGAGCUGAGGAGAGUGUCAAGAGCCGUGCUCAGGCUUCGCUGCAGGACUGUGACCAGAUCUUUGGCCAGCUGAUCUGCUCCAUGCAGCAGAGGUGCAGCGAGGUGAAGCGGCUGGUGUCGGCGCAGGAGAAAGCCGCCGUCGGUCGGGCCGAGGAGCUGAAGCUGCAGCUGGAGGAGGAGAUCAGCCGGCUGAGGAGGAGGGACGCCGAACUGGAGCAGCUGUCGCACACCGAUGACCACGUCUACGUGAUGCAGGUGCCAGACGUUCUCUCCACGUCCUGCGACUCUCCUGAGUUUAAACCAGCUGCUGCUGCUCCUCUGCGCUCCUUCCACGACGUGACUGACUGUGUGUCUGAGCUGAGAGACGAGCUGGAGGUCGUGCUGAAGGACGCGUGGCCUCGAAUCGCAACCACAGUCUCGUAUGUGGACUUCUCACUGCCGCCAGCACCCAAAUCCAGGGAGGAGUUUUUACGCUACUGCCGUCCCCUCACACUGGACGUGACCUCCAGCUACCCCUACCUCCACCUGAUUCAGGACAACCUCCGGAUGAGGCCUUCGCCCAGCUCCUACUCCGCUCAUCCAGACAGGUUCACUAAGGUUCCCCAGGUGCUGUGCAGAGAGGGUUUGUCUGAGCGAUGCUACUGGGAGCUGGAGUGGCACGCUCGCACUCUGUCUGCAGCAGUGGCCUACAAAGACAUCAGCCGGACCUCAGACCAGUCCCAGUUUGGCAGAAACGACAAGUCGUGGAGUUUAGAGUGCACCGCGGACGGAUACUUGUUCCGUCACAAUAACAUAGAAAAGAAAGUGUCAGGGCCUCCGUCCUGCAGGGUCGGAGUCUACCUGGAUUACAAAGCGGGCGCUCUGAGCUUUUAUCACGUCAAUGAAUCGAUGGUUCUCAUCCACCAAGUCCUGGACACGUUCACCCAGCCUCUUCACCCGGGGGUGGGUCUGAACUAUGAAUGGUAUGAUGUUGGAGUAUUUGCACAGCUGGUCAAGUUAUGGUAG